AUGACCAUUAAUGUCACCAUCAUGAGGGACCUGGUGGCACCUAAUGGCACUUAUGGCACCUUAUGGCACCUAAACGUCUGGCACCUUAUGGCACCUAAUGGCACCUUAACGUAUGACCUUUUUUUUGUGACUCGACUCACCAAGAAAGGUCAGAUUAGGAGACGUUUGGGCAUGCCACGUGGCCUUGAAACAUUCUACCAAGCGCCACGUGGACACGAGUCUAGCCCUCAAGCACUGGUGUUAUCGACCCCAGCGCCUCCUGGAGGGAAAGGACAGGACCAGGAUCCCCGUGACGUGAGACCCGGGAAGUGGAGUCCUUUCGUCGGAGUCCUCUGGUGCAGCGCCGGCCUCGUCACCUCCGGAAUGCUGGUCCAAGUGCUACCCAAAGACUACUCAGCGCCUGUGUUGGAAUAUCGCUUCAUCAGCCAGACGCUACAGCCGGGCCCCUCAGUGAGCUUAAAGUGCAUCGCGUCAGGGGCACCAACCCCACAUGUCUCGUGGGCGCUGGACGGCUUCCCCCUGCCGCAGCUGGACAGUAAAGAAAAUUUGAGCUUUCCCUCACCGCCCUUCUCCUACAGGCUGGUCGUGGGCCAGUACGUGGGCGUGGGCGGCUCGGUGGUCAGCCACGUCAACAUCACCAGCGUGCGGGCGGAGGACGGCGGCGCCUACACCUGCACGGCGACCAACAGGGCCGGCACCGUCGCCCACCAAGCCCGGCUGAACGUGUAUGGGCCUGCUUACGUCCGGGCGAUGUCGGUGGUGACAGCUGUUGCGGGAGAGGAGCUGGUCGUGUCGUGCCCGGCUGCCGGCUAUCCCUUGGCUCAGCUCACGUGGUCCAAAGACGGACGCACGCUGCCGGUGAUGGCGCGGCAGAAGGUGUACGAGAACGGCACGCUGGUGGUGAGUCGCGUGGAGAAGAGUCGCGACGGAGGCUCGUACACGUGCACGGCGCAGGACAAGCACGGCCGCACGCACUCCGCCACGGCCACGGUGCAGGUCUUGGUGCCACCAAAGCUGAGCAGCUUCACCUUCCGGAGCGACCUGACCCUGGGCGAGCGCGUGUCGGUGCAGUGCACGGUCAACGGCGGGGACACGCCCCUGCAGGUGACGUGGACGAAGGACGGCAUGGCGGCGGAGAGCGUGGGCGGCGUGCAGGUCCGCAACCUCGACCUGUACUCGGCCAUCCUCACGAUCAGCCACCUGGCGCCGCUGCACGCCGGCAACUACACGUGCACGGCCACCAACGACGCCGCCAGCGUGCGCCACACCGCCCCCCUCAACGUCAAUGAACCCCCAGUGAUCAGCCCUUUCAGCUUUGGCCCCACCAACGAGGGCGAGCGGGUGAGGGUGGUGUGCGCGGUGAAGCGGGGCGACCCGCCCGUCACGCUGGCCUGGCUCAAGGACGGCGCGCCCAUCGCCCAGGACACGGCCGCCGGCCUCACCAUCCUCGCCCUCGACCAGUACUCCAGUUCCCUCCUUUUGCCCCACGUCCACGCGCACCACAGUGGCAACUACACGUGCCAGGCCACCAACGCCGUCCGCUCGGUCUCCCACUCGGACAUCCUCGACAUCCAAGCCUGUCGAGUCUUGUACGAACAGUUGCAGAUCCUCGUGCCCGUGCUCGUUCAUGCGUCCACAGUGACAUCCUUGCCUCCGUCGUGGAUUGAAGCUCCCAGGGACACCUCAGUCACCCUGGGGGGCUCUGUCGUCGUCCCCUGCCACGCCCACGGUUCCCCCACGCCCAAGGUGACCUGGAGGCGCACUCGAGAGGACCAGCCAGGCCAAUACAGCCCGAUCCUAGGCAGCGGGCAUGGGCAGGGCGUGGGCGUAGCGAUGAACGGGAGCCUCGUAGUCGUGGGCGCGAGGUCGGAGGACGAAGGGCAGUACCUGUGCGAGGCGGUGAACGGGGUCGGCGGCGGACUGUCGGCUCUCAUCUCGCUCACGGUGAAUGCGCCCCCUCGGUUUGACCCCGGGUUGCAGCGGCAGGUGUCAGUGCGAAGGGGCGCCCGUGCAACCCUUCUGUGUCACGCCCACGGAGACCCGCCCAUCACUCUCCUUUGGCAGGCCACCCACACUCGCGUGCACGAUCACAGCGUGGUUCGCGAGGUCGACGGCGGGGCGCGCGGCGAGCUGGUCAUCCCCGCAGCCAAGAUGGAAGAUGCUGGGGACUACACCUGCACGGCCUCCAACUCCUACGGGAGAGACUCCUUUGUGGUGUCGCUCGUGGUGCAAGACGUACCCGGGUCACCUCAUGGGCUGCGGGUAUCGCAAAGAGGGUCCCGAUACCUCGUCGUGUCCUGGCUGGCGCCCACGACCACCCACACGCCCGUCGAUACCUACAUUGUGCAAUACCGACCUGCUAGAGGGACAUGGAACGACGGCCAGAAGGAGGACGUGGGCGGUGACACCACGACGGCCCGCCUCUCCCCCCUGGUCCCCGACACCCAGUACCUGGUGAGGGUGCUGGCGGCCAACCACCUGGGAGCGUCGCCGCACUCGGAGCCCCUUCAGAUCCGGACCGAGGGCGAGUCUCCGUCGGCGCCCCCGAUAGACGUGCGGAGUGACGCCGUCUCGCCCACGAGCAUCCGCGUGGUGUGGGAACCCCCGCCCACGCACACCCACCACGGCGACCUCCUGGGUUAUCACGUGGGCAUCCGGCGGCAUGAUCUGGGCAACGACGGCUCCUACAACUUCAGCGUGGUGGGCGUGGGCGCCGGCGGAGGUGGGCGCGAGGUGGUGACGGCGCUCCGCCCGUGGGUGCAGUACGCGGUGGUGGUGAGGGCCUACAACGCCCACGGCUCGGGGCCCAUCUCGCCGCCCGUCGUGGUCAGGACGCUCGAGGACGUGCCUUCCGCGCCUCCCGUGGGCGUCGAGUGCAGCGGGGGAGCAGGAGGGUCGUCGCUGCACGUGAGGUGGGCGCCGCCGCCGCCCGCCGCCCACAACGGCCUCCUGCAGGGCUUCCGCCUCACGCUCACGCGGCUGGACGACUCUACAGAGAAAGUUGAGGAGCUGACCCGAAUGACGAACGGGCGCGAGGAGAUCGUAGGCGGCCUGAGGGCGUGGUCCAACUACACCGUCACAGUCUCGGCCGUGACGCGGGCGGGCGCGGGCGUGGCGUCCCCCGACCUGACCUGCACCACUCGGGAGGACGUGGCGGGCAUGCCGGCCGGGCUCAGGGCUCUGCAAUCAAGCGAUGACUCGGCGAUCCUCACUUGGCUGCCUCCACAGCCACCCACGGGCGUGCUCCUGGGAUACACGCUCAACCACCGCCCACCCCACGCCCGCGCGCCGCAGCAGCACCCUCUUCACGCCCACGCCAACUCUCACACCCUCUCGCACCUCACCCGAGGGACGCACGAGUUCUGGCUCACGGCGAGGACGAGGGUGGGCGAGGGAACGCCCACGCCCGCGGUCAAGCUGACAAUGCUGGACACUGGAUCUCGAUUCCAGAUUCCAAGUUCCGUUUUCAGUUUCUAUCUUCCACUCCCGAGAUUCUCAGUUUUAGAUUCCAGGUUACAGGGGGCUCUCCAAGUUCUUAAAGUACUCCAACCCCCCCCCCCCUCGCUCAAGAUUCGGUUCCCCAAAUUCCAAGCAAGUCGCGCCCCUAGCUUCGUCAGGCCCUUCGGAGGAGACACAGGGGUCCCUGUCGGUGUAGCAUCCCUCGGAGGCGUUCUAGUUGUGACCCAAGGCGACGACGUGAGAUUCGUGUGUGUUACCGUGGGCGCGCCUCUGCCGACGCCAACGUGGAGCGUAGACGGAAGGCAUCUCGAAAAGAGUGGAAGGUUCACGCAAGAGGCAGACGGUUCGCUUGUGAUCCGCGGGGUGGAACGCAGUGACCGGGGCAACUACACCUGCUCCAUUCACAGCGUGAGGAAGUCUCCUUACGUGCCCACGUCCACUACGCAUGUGCUGCACGUGCAAGUGCCACCUGCCGCGCCCUCUGUGCACAUCGCGGACGCCACCUCCACGACGCUGACGGUGUCGUGGGCGGCGGGGGACACGGGCGGUGCUCCAGUCCGGGCGUGGGCGGUAUGGUGGCGGGCGGCGGUGGGCGGAGGAGUGUGGCACACGCGAGAGCUCGGGCGGGCGCACUCGAGGCACGUGAUCACCGACCUGCAGUGCGGCGCCGAGUAUCAGGUGUACGUGACGGCUCGCACCCACGUGGGCAUCUCCCCCCCGUCCCGCCCGCUGACCGCCCGUACCUCCGGAUCGCCGCCCGUGGCACCGCCCACCCGCCACGUGGCCUCGGGCAAUAGCACGGGCGUGUGGGCGUGGCUGGGCCGCUGGGUGGACGGAGGAUGCCCCAUCACGCACUUCACGCUGGAGCUGCGACGCCCGCGGGACCCCACGUGGACCACGCUGGCGAGCAGCCUGGCGCCGCAGGAGGUGUACGAGAUCGGCGGCCUGCAAGUGGGCGCGAUCUUCGGGCUGCGUCUGACCGCCCACAACGCCGCGGGCGCCACCACCACCACCGUGGACAUCACGACGGGGCCCGGGGGCGGCGUGGGGGCCAAGCCGGCGGGGGAGCUGGAGCUGGCGCCGCCCAACCCCAUCCACACGGACCCGCGCCUCAUGGCCUCCGCCGCCGCCUCCGCCCUGGCGCUGGCGCUCACCGUCGCCGCCGCCGUCCUCUGCUUCCGCCGCCGCAUGGUUCCUGCAGGAGCUGCCGCCGGCAGGACGGGAAGCGGCGCCACCGAGGACCAGGAGGCCGAGCAGAACAAGACGAACCUCCUGCAGCAGCGAGACACCUACUACGCCACCGUCAGGAAGCCCCAGCCAGUACCUGCUACUCUUGAGAGAAUAUCAGAGUACUCCGAAGACAUCUACCCGUACGCGACCUUCCAGCUGGGCGAGGGCCGCGGAGGUCAGGACGAGACGGUCACCAAUAAGUUCCAGACCUUCGUGUUCCAGGAUUCCCGCUACGGGGUCACCGAAGGCCACCCUCCGACUUCGUCAGAUACGGACACCGAGCACGCCACGUCCUCGCGCACGGAGUCCUCCAUCCACCUGGACUCCGCCACCCUCGAGAGCCACCACACGGCGCUCCACCUGCCCCUCGACCCCCACCUGGCCACGCUCGAGCCGCGCCCAGACGCCCAGGCCGCCCACGCCGCACGCAGGCCGGCUUCCAGGACCGUCCACCACAACCUGAUCUACCACGCCCCCGAGUCCAGCACGUCGACGGAGCCCUCGCCCAUCCUGGAGCGGAAGUCGUUCCCCCGCAAGAGCGACGGGAACAAGCUGGGUCGCGGCGGGGCCUUCCAGGGGCGCGGCCUCAGCAAGAUGGUGGCCAGCAUCCGGGGCGGCACCCAGGAGACCUCGCUCUCCUUCCCGAAGGCCGGCCACGCCUCCGACUCCAAGAGCUCGGACGACGGCAAGUACGGCUUCGCGCGCCAGAUCACGCCGCCCGUCGGCUUCUCCAGCAGCCACAACGAGCUCUCGGAGGCGGAGUGCGACCUGGAGAUGAGGCGGAGGAACAAGGAGGCCGAGGCCGCCUCCGCUGCGUACGUGGGCCACUCCAGGUCGCAGUUCCGCUCCUACGUGUCCGGCAAGGAGAAGGACUACAGCAUCAAGGUCUAAAGAGGGAUACAAGACCCGAAAAUGGCGGCAGAUUACAUUAGGUGGUAAAAAACAGUGUCUGAAUGUGCAAUACGUCCAUUAAGAUUGCACGAAUAGCUGUAUUUCACGAUCUCUCUGGCAUUUGAAUCCUUCGGGAGUCUUCUCUCUAAUGCGUUGUGCUCAAGAAGGACUCAGAGUGUGCUGUGCUUGCUUAUACAAGGGUGAAUACGAAAGGAAUUAAAAAGCGAAUGCAUUAUCUAGAUUAUGGUUAAAUACAUAUAUAUAUUUAUAGAAAGAGACUGAAACAGUUUCUUGCACAGAUAUAGAAAUAUAUUGCCAAAGAGUGCGUGCGUGGUCGACAAGGCAGUGUGUGUAUUUGUACAGUGUUGCCAGAUCUUCUCUUCCAAGCACUGUCCAUGCGGUAGCAAUAUGUCGUUAUGUGUUAAAGAGCUGGGAGUAUGAAGGGAAUGAAACGGGUGUGUCUUGCAAGGUCACUGGAGAUCGUGCGUGUUACAGUUUCAGUAUCUUUAAAAGAGAAGCCAAUAGCUCGAUGAAAUGUGAAAAUCUAUAUGAAAAUUGUUGUCUAUUUUUUCUUCAGAUUAGACAGUCUAUCGAAAGUCAUUAUGAAAAUACUCAGAUGUUUGUAAAGUCCGUAUGGAUACUAUUUCUACGUUGGAGAUUUACAGAUUACGUGUAGUGACGAGAAGUAAUGUGUAUUGUAUAAAUAUUCUUGUAAAUAAUAAAAUCUUUUCUUCAAUGUGCCAUUUUGCAGUGUGUAAAUUACAGAAUGGAAAAAAAACUGCGUGUUAUUUCAGUGUCAUUUAAACUUCAAAGUUUUGUAUAUAGAGUAAAUGUGCAAAGUGAAAAAAACUGAUUUUAAUUUAGUUCUUCCACGAUAAAAAAAAAAUGUGGAAGAAUUAAUAAUUUUUAUUCAAACUAUUUUUUUCUUCUGAGGGGCUGUUUGAUGGCAAAUGUGAUGAUGACGAUUGUGAUAUUAGGAAAGCCAGUAUCAUUAACACAUGGUAUGAAAAAUCUCGUAUUAAUGGUCUCCUGUUCUUCAGUAUGUAAUUUGUGUUCCAUUUUCUUCACUUUUUUAUUUAUUUCAUUAUGCUUACUUGUUCUGUGUCUGAAUGUUGGGACUGAGAAAUUGACCGAAUACUUUACAAAACAGGAUUUCUACAUUUCUACAGUCUAUGAUAAACUUGUAACAUGUAACAUUGUUGUCAACAUUACAACUUCCCAUUAAGAUAUUUCUUGUAUGGCUUUUAAAAUUGUACACUAACACCCUGUCUUCUACAUCAAUGUAUUAUUUUACAGGAAGUCAUAGUCUUCUUUAUCAUAAACACACAUCUUAAUUUCUUUAAAGUAAUUGGAUAUAAUUCAAGCCCCCCCCUCCCUCUCCAUUGAAAUGUGGCGAGGAAAUUCCGCAGACUUUCUUCGUGUGUAGUUGUUGUUCCCGUGAAAAGAUUUGAUGUAACAAAAUUUUACAGCAAAAAUAUUGUUCUGUAUGUAGCA